UUCUUCUCUCCUAAUUCCAGUCGAUGAUAAGACCCCUAGCCCUUCUCUUCUUCUUCUCCCUCCCCCUCUUGCCUAUUUUCACCGUCGCCGGAGACGGCGACUGCUCCCCCGACGAGGAGGACCGGAACAAAUCCAAAGCCCGGCCGCUCAAAAUCGCGGCGUUCUUCUCCAUCCUGGUCUGCGGUGCCAUUGGCGUCUGCCUCCCGAUCUUGAGCAAAUCCAUCCCCGCUCUCAGUCUGGAGAACGAUAUCUUCUUCGCGAUCAAAGCCUUCGCCGCGGUCGUCAUACUCGCCACGGGAUUCAUCCACAUACUUCCGGACGCUUUCGAAAACCUGACCUCGCUGUGCCUCAAUGAUAACCCCUGGGGGAAUUUUCCCUUUGCCGGAUUCGGGGCGAUGCUUGGUGCCCUCGGGACGCUGAUGGUGGACACUCUGGCGACGAGCUAUUUUACUCGGUCGGCGAGGGCGGUGGGCGACGAGAAUAACAAAGGGGAUGCGGCGAUGGGUGGGUCUGCGGGAGAUCAUCAUGUGGUCCACGUCCACGCCACCCGCGGGCAUGCUCAUGGGCCCACCGUCUAUGUCUCUGACAAGCUCGAGCGCAAUCGCGUCAUCUCCCUGGAAUUGGAGUUGGGGAUCGUGGUCCAUUCGGUGAUAAUUGGGAUAUCGCUGGGUGCAUCAGAUAGUCCCUCUACUAUAAGCCCCCUGGUGGCUGCUUUAAGCUUUCAUCAGUUCUUUGAAGGCAUGGGCCUUGGAGGAUGUAUCGCUCAGGCAAAAUUUAAAAUCAAGUCAAUGGCAAUGAUGAUCCUCUUCUUCUCCCUCACUACUCCUGUUGGAAUGGCAAUAGGUUUUGGAAUAUCAUCUGUUUAUAACAAAAAUAGUCCUAUCACUCUAAUUAUUAAAGGUUGUCUCAAUUCAGUAGCUAUAGGGAUUUUAAUCUACAUGGCUCUUGUUGAUCUUCUAGUUGAAGAAUUUAUGAACCCAAAGGUACAAAGCAAGGGAAAGCUACAAUUUGAAAUAAAUGUCUCCUUACUUAUAGGAGUAUACUUAAUGUCUCUUCUCGCUAAAUGGGCAUAG